AUGGUUUCGCCCAAGGUCCAAGAGGCCCUCGCAAAGGCCCAAGAGAACCCCGUCAUCGGUUACAAAACCCUCCUCAACAGCCUCGACGACUUCUCCCCCCCAGAAGCCCGCAGCACCGACCUCAAAGCCAUCACUGACGACCUAUUCGCCGCCUCCCACGGCGUCGUCACCACCAAAGCCGUCCUUAGCGACCUCAUCAACGUCCUCAAAAACUCCCAGAACCACGAGUCCUGGAUCGACGUCGGCACCCACAUCGUCCGCGCCAUCUCCUCCACCCCGUCCCUCUCCUCCUCUCUUGUCGACCAAGCCUCGGCCCUCCGCGAGCUCAUCGCCACCGCCCACGAAACCAACGAGGACUUCCUCGCCGCCGCCAAGAUCCUCGCCGAGAUCCCCCUCGACUCCUCCCAGCGCCGCGUGUCAGACCGCGAGAAGGCCAAAAUAUGGAUCAGAAUUGUCAGGAACCACCUGGAGGAAGAUGAUAGCACUACCGCUGAGACAUACCUCAACAAGCUCAAGAACGUGAUGCACAAGGUUGGAGACACGGAUCCGGAGAUGAUGCUCCACUUCAAGCUGAGCGCCGCUCGGAUUCAGGAUUCCAACAGGCAGUUCUUGCAGGCGGCAUCGAGUUACCACGACAUCAGCUUCUCGCCUUCGAUUGCUGAGGAGGAGAGGCUGCACACGCUCAGCAUGGCGAUCAAGUGCGCGGUCUUGGCGCCGGCUGGUCCGUUGAGGAGCAGGGCGUUGGGCAGGCUUCACAAGGAUGAGAGGUCAGCGGGGCUGGAGGAGUAUGGGAUUCUGGAAAAGAUGUUCUUUGAUAGGCUGCUGUCGAGUGACGAGGUGGAAAAGUUUGCGCAGUCGUUGGCGCCGCAUCAGCUGGCCAAGACGUCGGACGGGUCGACGGUGUUGGCCAGGGCUGUGGUGGAGCACAACUUGUUGAGUGCUGGGCGGUUGUACACGAAUAUUGGGUUUGACGAGUUGGGGCUGUUGCUGGGGUUGGAUGGGGACAAGGCUGAGGAGACAACGGCAAAGAUGAUUGAGCAAGGGCGGUUGACUGGGUCUAUCGAUCAGAUUGAUCGGAUCAUCUACUUUGAAAUGGGUGAGGCGUCUGGUGAGCAUGGUAGCGGGCACACAACAGCACAGGUCGGAAAGGAGAUCCGGCGGUGGGACAGCAACGUGCAGGCCUUGGCCGAAGAUGUCGAGCGUGUGACAGACCUCCUGCAGGCAGAGUUUCCAGAUUUUGUGGCCACUCAGAUCGCCGUAUGA